UUUAUGAGGCUGCUGCUUUAAUCAUACAAAUAAUACGAAUGUAAGUGCUAUGCUAUGCUACUGCAAUAACGUGUGGUAUUUUCGUAUCGUUUUAGCUGCUAGCGAAGGAGGAGCCAAUGUUUUCAAAGUUAGCUAUUUUAAGGGUAAGUGCAUGUAAUGAAUUUAUAGAAUACAAGUUUGAUAGCGAGAAUGGUUGCGUUUCAACGACUUACAAACUAGGUGACACUGUGAAAUAAACUUUUGGAAUAAGUGCGGGGAUCCAAGCUCAACUGAUGCAUGGAGACGGCGCAGUUUUUAAAGGGUUGACCAUUCAGCCAUCACUUCAAAUCAAAUUUAUACAUCAAAAACUGACUCGUCUCCAGUAGGGCAUUCCCGUCGGACGUUGGGAUCUAUUGUUUUGUUAGGGCAUUCCCAUGGAUCGUUGCGCGUAUUUUUUUGAGAAACUAUGGAAAAGUCAGUAUCAGAAAAUUUGAAACCAUGAAAAAUUCAGAACGCUGUUUUCAAUGGGAGGGACUGACUGUUUCUGGGCGUGCGUAUGUGCGCCACCCCCCCCCCCCUCCCCCGCAAGAAUGUUUUGUGAAGAAAAUACCACUCUCCUUCUUCGACUUGUUUUCUUUACCCCUGUUAAGCCGGUUUUCCACUAGGCGAAAGUUUGCGCGCGGAACGGAAUUUUUCUUUGUGUUUUCUAAUUAGUUCCACCCGAGAAAUCACAAGACAAAGAAAAAUUCCGCUUAGUGGAAAACCGGCGUUAGAGUGAUCCGCUAUCUUUAUGACACGCUUUAAGAAGAUGACGACUGAUUGACAGAGUUUCCUACUUUCUCUCUUUCUUUAUAGGAAGUGCUUACCUAGCUCAAUCUCCACAGUUGUACAAACAAAUCGCAAUUUGUGGUGAUUUUGAAAAAGUUUUCACCAUCGGAGGAGGUAAGAGUCGUAGAUAUAGGCGUUAUAUAGUUGGGCACCAUGAAAUGAACUCGAAAAUCUUUAAUGCAACAUCUGCGAAUGUGGCUGUUUUAAUAUUUACCUUAAUCCAAUCUUGCUACGCAGUAUUUGAAAUUAUAUAUAGAGGUCAGAAUUAAAAUAAUCACCAAUCUGGCGAAAAUCAAAACUUAAGAAAAUGCUAUAGUUUUCAUUUUUUUAAAAGUUAAUGCUAAUAAUUCAAUUCGAAAGUUACCAAGAAUGCUUGUAAUGAUGAAAUAUAAAGUAUAUAAAUAUAGUAAACUUUCACAACUAAUUUUUAAAUGUUUGUACGUGUUUAAUUUUCAGUUUUUAGAGCUGAGGAUAGUAAUACCCACAGACAUCUAACAGAGUUUGUUGGUAUGGAUAUUGAAAUGGCAUUUUAUGAGCAUUAUCAUGAGGUGAGGACACUCAUUUCGGGUAAGGGUAUGAUAGAGAGCUGAAGCACAGAAUAGCAACCGUGCAGAAAGCAGACUCGGCCAAAAAAGCGUAACCGCCACCACGGCACAGAUGAGGUAAGUACAGAUAUGAAUCUCACGUCAAAUUGCUGAUUGUUUUGUGUCACACGGAAUUCUCACUUCCGUCGAGCGCUGGCAAGUGUCGUUCUGAAAUUAAAUAAGGAAAGAGAUAGGAAAACGCCGUUCGAAAGACGAAAAAUUUUUUUUUUUUAAAGUCUACGCUACCGACGGCUAUUUUUGGAAUUAAUUCUUCAAGAGUAACGGUAAGCGAUCACUUUUAUUGAUUUCUUUUUAUUAAAAGUGUUAAUAUAACAUUUUAUUUAGCAAAAGUUUGUUUCUUUCCCUAUCUACUUCUUAUUAAAAUCGUGAAAUACACUUGCUGGGAAUUUCAGAUGCUCAUGUAUAAAUAACAAAACAGCGAAUGAUAUAAAUGCCUCAAAACAUAACUCUCGCAUAAAAAAAAACAUGAAUACUUCUAUAAUAUGUAUAGUUUUAUUCCUCUGCAUUAUCAAAAUUUAAUAAAAUAGUGAAUUAAUACAAUUUUAAAGUUUAUUUAAUCGGUGUGACAUAAUUUGCCGUGAGAUUCAUAUCUGUACUUACCUCAUCUGUGGCCACGGCAUGAUUCGUCAUCAAAAUGCACUCGCAUGGCUUCCUAGCCCGUGCGCUUAUGAGAGGCAUUCAUCCCCUGAACGUCCGCCAUUUUGAAUAUUUUCAGAGUGCAUUGUAAUCUCUCAUAAACGCACUGGCUAGGAAAAUGACGAUAGCAUUGCAACGGUUACGCCAAAAUCAUGCAUGUAUUGUAGGCAAAACCAAGAAGUCGACCUUCUGUAAGAUUUCUAUUCUGUGGCUGAGGCAAGCGAUGUUUUUGACUACACGAAUGCCAACAGGAAGUCAAUCGAGCCGUUACAAGAACGGCAGUCGUCGUAGUUUCACGUUCGUGGUUUCAAACAAGAACGAACAAAGCUUGAUUGACUUCCGGCUGGCGUGUGUAUUGUCAGUGUGUCAGCAACGUCCCUUGCUUAAAACGUCGCUUGCUGAUGGCACCUUGACAUGCAUAAUUUUGGAUAUCACAAAUCAAUAAAUUGUUUGAAAUUAUCUUUUAGGCCGUCAGAGUAAUUGGGGAGACGUUCAUUGCAAUUUUCAAAGGCCUACGUGAUAAGUAAGUAGGAGACGAAUGUUUCUUUUCCAAACCUGCCUAGUAUAUUGGUUCUAAAUGUAAUAUAUUGGUUCUGAAAUGUAAUAUAUUGGUUGUAAACUUGAGGACUAAAUGAGAUGUUUUUUUAGUUUCCAACAGGAAAUUGAAACAAUCAGAAAACAAUAUCCAUCACAACCAUUCAAAUUCCUCGAGCCUGCGUAAGUUUUUUAAAAAUUUAUAGUGGUGGUUAAACUGGUGGAAGAGCGCAAUGAUGCCAUAUUCGGCAUAUUGUUUAUUUUUUGUCCCUUCAAACAAGCGACUAGACCCAGUCCUCUGCUCGAUUGGGAAAUGGCUAAUUCGUGAUCCGCAAGGCGAAAAUCGCGGACACCAAAAUGUUAGGGAAAGGUGUACAGUGAGACGUCUGGUUUAUGUCCUAUUCUGUGUCCCCACCGACUGUGACGUACGCAAGCAACGUUUGACAACACGUACGCCAACUGGAAGUCAAUCGAGCCGUUAUAGAUGACAAGUGAUGGCGACAGCAGUUCUGCUGACGCCAUUACUGAUUACUAUUACAGAGUUAUAACUAGUGUACCCACUUUUUUGUGCGCGUGCUCGGCAAGUUGCUAGAUGCAUGCAUCUAAUUGGAUGGCGGCUCGCUUUAAAACUUGCCGAGUACGCGCGCGCAGUUGAUAAUUUUUUGCCCGGUCGCCUGAAAAAAAGUGGGUACAUGAAAACGUAAGCUUCCGCAGUGUUUACAACGGUCAGUUACACGGCAAAAAAAACGAUCAGGUUGUUGCAAUAUUGAUGAAAACAGGAUUGAACAAUGUUCCAGUUGUAGUGAAAACGCUGACUUUUUAUCUGAAGCGUGGUAUAUCUAAAUAUGCUAAGAUUUAAAAAAAAUAUUCACAUAGCUGCCAAGGGUCGACUGGUCAACAUGCUGUUCACAGUUGUCAACAAUAUUGAACAAUAUUGUUACACCCGAUUCAGGCUCAACAAUAUUGUUCAACAUUGUUGACAAGUGUGAACAACGUGGGCAGCAAAACAUUGUUCAAUCCUGUUGAGCAGCGGGCUCGGCGUUUUUUGCCGUGUACAGCUCUGUAUGUAUCUACUCUGUGCUAUAACGCUCCGUACGUGUUGAGCUCUCCAUUCUAUUUUUAAUUCACUGAAAGGUUUUGUUCCAACCUCUUGCAACCGCAUACAGCCUGGAAAAUUGUGCCUUUUGAUCUUUUGUAGAUUAAUCAUUGAGUUCAAGGAAGGUAUUAAAAUGCUGAGAGAAGCUGGUGUGGAAAUAGGUGACGAAGAAGAUUUAAGGUAUGUAGCCCGAGUGUCAGGCCAUAUUUUCCUACCUUAAAUGCGGAUGGAUGGAAGGGAGAAGAGGACCUGACGCAAAUCCCUGUCUGACCGCAAGUAAAAAGCCCAAAUCCGGUUUUUCAUGCAUCUGAUUGGUCUAUUGGUUUAUUAUAUAUAGCUCAGUUGGUUAGAGCGUUGCACCGGAAUCGCAGGGUCGCAGGCUCGAUUCCUGCCAGAGGGCUUAUAGUUGCAUUUUUUCAACUGCUCCUGGUUAGGUCUGAAUAAAUGUAUAAAAUUUACACUUAAAUGUUCACUGUGUCGUUUCAGUACACCCAACGAAAAACUCCUUGGACGACUUGUGCGUGAAAAGUACGACACAGACUAUUAUAUUCUGGACAAGUAUCCGUUGGCUGUUCGUCCAUUUUACACCAUGCCUGAUCCUCACAGUAAGGUAAGAACGUGUCUUUUUUUAUCCCUUAAAAACCUUUAGCCUUGAACUAGUGAGGGAGCUGCCAAAAUUUAGACGAAUUUAUACAAUUGGGGAUUUUCGGUUACUGCGAUUCAUCAGUUCUUUAAUACGUUGUCCAUGUGGUGUUUACGGCUACAAAGCAUCUUUUUUGACGACACGUACAAAAUCUCUAUUAAGCAUAAAGCAAGCCCUCUUAAGUAGUCCCUUCUCCUCUCUAAUAAACAUUCCCACACUCAUGACCAAGAAACACACGCAUGUGUAUUCAUUAGAUUUUUCAAAUCGUCGUGAAAGUCGUUUUGCCAUCCACAAUAAUUAGUACACUUGUUGAGAUACCUGUAAAAUCAAUGUUGAAAACAAACUGUAUACCUAUCAUGGAAUUUGAAUCCAGAGUUUACCUUUUCAGUUAUGAACGCCUCUCUCUCUCCAAUAACCAAUAAGCCUCUCCUUACCUAAAAUAGUUAAGCCCCUAGGGAGUCUAUUGGAGAUUUAGAGGAAUAACGAUGCCUAAAAACAAAUAUUUCCACUGUUUACAGAUGUACAGUAAUUCGUACGAUAUGUUUAUGCGAGGUGAAGAGAUGUUGUCUGGGGCCCAGCGUAUUCACGAUCCUGAUCUUCUGACCGAGCGAGCAAAACAUCAUGGCCUUGGUAUGUACUUGAUGAUACUAAAGUAUGGGGUGGACUAAUUCACGGGCGUUCUUUGUCAGUGCCCAGUCCCUUGUCAGUGCCUGAAAUUAAAGUUGAAUAUUUAAAAAAUAAACUGAUUCCAACUCCAAAUCUUUCCCUAACUCUAACCAGUAAAUAUCUAAUAAACAAUUUGAAAAGUCGGAAAAAAAGUUGAAGAAAAAGUCAGAAGACAAAAAACAGUCAGCAAAAUCGGAUCUGGUGCGGACCUCGUUUCACUUCGCACGCAAAUGUUUUUAACGAAUACCCUAGCGGCAAUCUCGCCAAUGCAAUCGCAAAAAAAUUGUAUUUUAAAAAUUGUACUACUAAAUAGGAAUGUACAGUAGUUUACUAAACCAAGCACUGAGAAGGAACGCCCGUGAGUUAGUCAAAUCCCUGAAGUUUAUGUUGAAUUUGCAUCCAUAUUCGUAGAACCUUCGUAGCUGCCUAUAGAUCUUAAAGCCCGUUUUUCACUAAAUGGAAAAAUAAAUUCGCAACGUGAUUGGUUAGCGAAAUUAUUCGCCGCGAAAAACUAGGAAGCGGCCAUAAAGCAAGCGCAACAAUGUGUUGUGCAACAGCCAACAAGUGCAACAAUAUGUUGUGCAACAAUGUUGGAUUUUUUGGGUUUUUCAUAACUAAUUUACAAGGAUGGCAAAUACAAUUGUUACAUAUUAUGAUCUAAUUGGUGUUCUUGACUGUUUGUUUGUUUGUUUGUUUGUUUGUUUGUUUGUUAUUGCAUGCUUGUUUCUGUUGCUGCCGUAGUUUGAAUUUUCUACCACAGCAAUCAUGUCAGAAGAAAUCGAAAGAGCAAAACAAGAGCCCUAAUUUUGCUUUAUUUCUCUUUAGACUUGGAUAAAAUCAAAUCGUACAUUGAUUCCUUCCGUUAUGGCUGUCCUCCCCAUGCUGGUGGUGGCAUAGGUAAUUUUAUAAAUAACUACAUCAUAUUCACAUUUUAAUAUGCAUAAUGUAGUUUUAUUUUCCCAGAAACCUAACGUAAUGGGAAGCUUUGUAGUAUCUUAAAAUUAACACUUCAAAUAUAUGUCAUGUAUACUACUAUUAAUAGUUAUUAUGCAUUUCGUUUUUGUUUCUUAGGUCUUGAACGAGUGGUGAUGCUUUACCUCAAUUUGGGGAAUGUCCGCAAGACUUCCAUGUUCCCACGUGACCCAAAACGAAUCACACCUUGAACAAUGAUAAGCACGAGGUUGUUCUCAACUUCUAAUAUAAUAUAAUCAUUUUCUUAUUCCUCAAUAUGUCACUACUAUAUAUGGACCAAUCCUUAAGGAUUUAAAUAACAAAAAUAUUGCACAAUAGGCACUAAUAAAUUUGAUUGUUACAAUUUUUGAUCCGAACACAUGUGAUAAAAUAUUUUGCACUUUAUAUUCAAUUUAUAUUCUUUGUGUUACUUGUGGUAGUUUAAC